GGCAAGGUCCAGGUCCUCAGACCUUUACAUCCUGGACUUUCCAAGUCCUCCCAAAGCUCUCUGGCACGUAGGGAACAGUGUGUGUCAAGAGCUUCAUCUGCAGCAGCAUAGCCAUGGUGCUCUGGGGUCCAGUGCUGGGAGCUCUGCUGGUGGUCUUUGUAGGAUACCUUUGCCUGCCAGGGAUACUUCGACAACGCAGGCCCUGGGAACCCCCUCUGGACAAGGGCACCAUGCCCUGGCUUGGCCAUGCCAUGGCUUUCCGGAAGAAUAUGUUUGAAUUUCUGAAGCGCAUGAGGACCAAGCAUGGAGAUGUGUUCACAGUGCAGCUAGGGGGCCAGUACUUCACCUUCGUCAUGGACCCCCUCUCUUUUGGUCACAUCCUCAAGGAUGCACGGAGAAAACUAGAUUUUGUUGAAUAUGCAAAAAAACUGGUGCUGAAGGUAUUUGGAUACCGUUCAGUGCAAGGGGACAACGAGAUGAUACACUCAGCCAGUACCAAGCAUCUGAUGGGGGAUGGCUUGAAGGAUCUUAAUGAGGUCAUGCUGGACAGCCUGUCCUUUGUAAUACUGAAGUCCAAAGGCCGGAGUCUGGAUGCCAGUUGCUGGCAUGAGGACAGCCUCUUUGACUUCUGCUAUUACAUCUUGUUCACAGCUGGCUACCUGAGCUUGUUCGGCUACACGAAGGACAAGGAGCAGGACCUGCUACAGGCAGGAAAGUUAUUCAAGGAGUUCCGAAAGUUUGACCUUCUUUUCCCCAGGUUUGUCUACUCCCUGCUGUGGCCUCGGGAGUGGCUAGAAGUGGGCCGACUCCAGCGUCUCUUUCACAAGAUGCUCUCUGUGAGACACAGCCAGGAGAAGGAUGGCAUCAGCAACUGGCUGUGCAACAUGCUUCAGUUUCUGAGGGAGCAGGGAGUCCCCUCAGCUAUGCAGGACAAGUUCAACUUCAUGAUGCUCUGGGCCUCCCAGGGAAACACGGGGCCUGCCUCUUUCUGGACCCUCUUGUUCCUCCUGAAACACCCAGAAGCCAUUCGGGCUGUGAGGGAGGAAGCCACCCGGGUCCUGGGCGAGGCCAGGCUGGAGACCAAGCAGCCCUUUGCCUUCAAACUCAGCGCCCUGCAACACACCCCAGUCCUGGACAGUGUGGUGGAGGAGACACUGCGGCUGAGGGCUGCACCCACCCUCCUCAGGAUGGUUCAUGAAGACUAUACCCUGAAGAUGGCCAGUGGGCAGGAAUAUCUGAUCCGCCAUGGAGACAUCCUGGCCCUCUUUCCCUACCUCUCCGUGCACUUGGACGCUGACAUCCACCCUGAGCCCACUGUCUUCAAGUACGAUCGCUUCCUCAACCCUGAUGGCAGCCGGAAAGUGGACUUCUUCAAGGCAGGCAAGAAGACCCACCACUACACCAUGCCCUGGGGUUCGGGUGUUUCCAUCUGCCCUGGGAGGUUCUUUGCACUCAGUGAGGUGAAGCUCUUUAUCCUGCUUAUGGUCACACACUUUGACUUAGAGUUGGUGGACCCUGAUGCACCAGUGCCCCACGUGGACCCGAAACGCUGGGGCUUUGGCAUGAUGCAGCCCAUCCACGACGUGCGCUUCCGCCACCGCCUGCAUCCAACAGCGUGAGCUCGGCCAAGCCAGCUGCAAAACUGGCCAGAGGGAUUCUAUUGGGUCUCUCACCACUUCUCACCCCUCUGCAGCCCCAAGCCCCCACUGACCACCCCUCCCUCUAGUUCUGCGUCACUCCUACCUCUGUUCUCCCUGUCCUCGCUCUCUCCCUGCCUAGUCAUCUGACAGGCUUAUCAGUCCCUCUUUAAAAUACCAUCUCUCAGAGUGGGUUCUGCUGACCCAUCCUCUCACAGGAAGUCCAGUGGAAGGGGGGGUGCCUGUGGGCAGCUUGGCUUGGGAGAUGAUGCCUGCCUUGGGAAGUCCUGUAGGACAGAAGCUGGUUCCUCCCAGACAGGAGUAACAUGGCAUCUUGCAAACGUCAGCCUCCACCCUCCCAACCUUGCUUUAUUUUUUUCAGCAACACUUAUUCUACAUCCUAUGGAAUUCAGGUUCUAGAACAGUGCUAUCCAAUAGAAAUAUGACACAAGCUACAUGUAUAGUGGGUUCUUUGGGGUGUCUGUUUGUUUUGAGACAGAGUCUCACCCUGUGCCU